UUGCCACAGUUGUUUACAUUAUCGUUCAUCGACACUUAUCGAUCCGCGCGAUUUGGGAUUUUUACACGGAGUACAACAUACACGGCUCUUACAAUUUAGGAAAAUUAUAAAAAAUGACCGAGGAAGAGGGUUCUCCGUUGCACAACGCCGUCGUUUCAGAGAUCCCUGACACUGCGUGUUACAUACCGAAUUUUAUUACCGAGGAGGAGGAGAGGCAGAUUAUAAAAUGCGUAAACAGCGUACCGCAACCAAAAUGGACGCAAUUAAGCCACCGUAGAUUGCAGAACUGGGGUGGCAUACCGCAUCCCAAAGGGAUGAUAGCGGAAGAGAUCCCUGAUUGGCUUCAGAGAUACAUUGAUAAAGUGGCAGCUUUGAAUGCCUUUCAAAAAGGAAUAUUGCCUAAUCACGUUUUAAUUAACGAAUAUUUAUCUGGGCAAGGAAUAAUGGCACACUCAGAUGGCCCGCUUUUUUAUCCUGUUGUAACCACUAUCAGUUGUGGUUCCCAUACAUUCCUCGACUUUUACAAACGGUUGGAAAUAACAGAGCAACAACAACCCAAGUUAGAAUUCAGUUUGCUACUAGAACGCAGAAGUCUGCUAGUCCUACAGAAGGAUUUGUAUCACAAUUAUUUGCAUUCUAUAGCCGAAAGAGAUGCAGAUAGCAUAUCGGAAUCUUCGAUAAAAAAUCUACACAUGUGUGCUGAAAAGUUUACAGAGGAAGAGGUAAUCAAACGUGAUACUAGGCUGUCUUUAACUAUUAGACAUGUGCCGAAAACUAGCAAACUGAAAUUAAAAAUUUUUUGAUACAUAUGUGCAUUAUCGAAAUUUGGAAAACCUAUAAUAAAUAAUUGCGCAGAA